AUGUCACUGUAUGUUGGCAUGGUCGCACUGUAUGCUCUGGAGCUCUUCCUUCUGUUGGCGCUAGGGAAGUUUGUUGGCUGCGGCAUCCCCACCAUCAUUCAAUUGAACUCACCCGCAUCGAGAAACGCUCAUGUGAAAUAUCCGUUCAUCACAUCAAGGGUGGUUUCGUGUGGAUUCUUAAAUCAGAGGUCACAUAAAAGGUCAUUGAUCUUUGCACAUUUCAGACUCAUGGACAUAGAGGAGAUAGUGUACACUACGUGCAAAGUGAGGUUCCAUGUUCAGGAUGGAAAGACAAACGGUGUCCGCUCGAGGCCUGUGCGCGUACAACAAGGAUAA